AUGAAAGAGUUCCUUGGCAAGCUCAAGAAGGCAUUAGAGCUUGGCUUCGACUUGCAGACUGUGAAGUUUCAGGAACAGUGGCAUUUUAUGAACGCCUUCGUUUUCGCUGGAAAUGUAGUGACGACCAUUGGUGAGUGAGAUCAUGGGCUACAACUUUGUUGGGAUAAAUGAUCUUCGUUAAGCGCGCAUUUUCACGCUCCCCCUAAAGUUGGCUUAAAACGUGCUAAGCGUUAAUCUGCCUUAGCAACAUACGGAGUGAGAGAGACGUAGAUUAUUCACCACAUAUCACUUGCAAUUUAGCCAAAAUCGGCGGUUAGUUAAGUACUGGGUUGUUUGAUUGCAUUGUUUACAAGAAGAAACGAAUAUUCGUCAAUUGGGAACAGCUACAAUUUUUAGGGAGUAGCGUCGGCAUCAUAUGGUCGAUUUCAUACUAUUCGGUCGAUUUUGGCUAUAACGCUGGGCAAGCAGCUGUGUGUUAUGGUUGUUUAAUAUUUAAAUUUUUGGGCUUUAAACGCGGCAAACAAAAAGCCUCUUCCAAAAAGCUUGUACGAACAUGGCAAAGAAAAAGUUUUAACUUGUUGUAGCUUUUAACUGUGGUCUCUUUUACACUAGCUAUUAGGGUUUUUAUUCACCUCACAAAAUGGAAUUGAAUAUGCCACAAUUGGUCGACUGCGCAUAAACAUCUCAAGAGAACUUAAGAACCAUCUUUUGUCUUCCAAUAUUUUAAUUUUUCACCCUCGUAUUCCAUUCUUUAAUAUUUGGCUACGACGCGGAACACGAGCUCAUAAGCCAGACCUUUUUAGUCUUCUCGGAUGUUCACAAUUUCCUCUCGGCGUAAUCGUGUAUAUGCAUGGUUAUAUCAUUACGCAUUACGCACUCGCGACUUGUAGUAAAAAAAACGUACGCUAAGAGAUAAAAAACGAAGAAACAAAUUACUAGACUAUUCAAAGGUCAAUCAUUGACAAGGAGACGGAAAAAUCUUGCUUGCGGCGGACUUUAUGAAAUAUUCCAGCCAUUUGCCUAAAAGGGGUUUAUUGUGCAUAUAUUUAGCUACGUGUAAAGUUUAUAUUUUUGAUGUCCUUGUUUUUAUUUGACCCGCCUGGCGCAACCUUGCCACAAGACGCGAUGUGGUAGUUUGCCACAACAAAGCCCUCAAAUGUUUUAGACAAACAAGAUAGGCCAGGGUUAAGUAUUUCUAGGCUGCCAUGCUAAUUUAUAAUAAUCAGCAAAUAAGAAAUUUGGCCACGAUAAGAAACCGUGUCUUAGUUCUAGCUAGCAGUUGUACUGGUAACGUGAAGUGUGCUCAGACAACUAAGUUUUUAUCAUGGUUGUAUUUGCGAAAAAAUUGCGAUGACAAAACACGAGCUUAUAGUUUGAACAAAUUAAUAACAGACUCGUCGGCUUUAAAAUGGACUUGUAUUUAACUUUACGUCGAUUCCAUACAAAUAUUUGAAGGAGCUUAACGCAGCUUUAUGACAUCUCGCGUGGUGAGUGAUCAUGGUAGAAAAGUCAACAGUCGCAUCUUCCAAUAAUAAAUUACUCGCGUUUUUGACAAAAAAGCCGGGCAAAAAAGGUUAUAAAAAUCCUUACGACAAAUUAGCAACAAUAAGGUGCCCACGGAUGGCUUGAGUAGAAAAUAUGAUUUGUCGUGCAGUAAACACUUGAUGUUCUAUUUCUUGGUAACGCUUGGUUUUGUAUGUGUUUCUUUCCGCAGGUUAUGGACAUAUUGUACCAGCUUCAUUCUGGGGCCCUUCUUUUUGUAUAUUUUACGCCUUGUUCGGAAUUCCUUUAACUGGAUUAACCCUUCGUUCUGUUGGAAACAGUAUCUCCGAGGAAAUUAGAAUUGCUGUAAAAAACUUCGAGAGGAGAGUAUACAACAGGGAAGCAGAGAAACUUGAAAUCAAGACUGCAAUCAUUGCUUUUAUUUUACUCAUAGCUAUUGUCGUCUUUCCAGCAAUUGGUUUUCACCGUUUAGAAGAAUGGACCUACUUUGAAGCCAUCUAUUUUUGCUUUGUAACUCUUACAACAAUAGGGUUUGGCGAUUUUGUGACCGGAAAUGUGAAAAAAGACUAUUCUAGUGGUGACAGCGCAAUUCCUGUAGUUUUAGAGUUCCUCAACUUAAUAUACAUGGUGGUGGGACUAGCGGUAAUGUCAGGUGUUAUAGUUUCAAUUAGCGGCGUUAUCGAAGAAAAAACGAAGAAUAUGGCUAUGCCAGAUCCGUUGGAAUCUCUAAAAGCAAUACAAUAUGCAAAUCUUAACUCUAAAGCUAUGCGAAAACUGGGCUAUAAAAUGGGUCCAUCCCCGUCCAGCGAUGAUGCUCGGCAGCGACAACAACAUCAGCGACCUCCGAAAACGAACUCAUCCACGCCUUGUGCAAUAGACCCAAGCUCUAAUCGAGAUCGCAGCCAGUCUGCGGAUAAAAUGGAUUUUCAAGGGCCGACGCCUAUACUACACUUGAAUAAAAAUAGCACCCUUUGUGAUCGUACGAAUAGCGCAAACGAAUUGACAGAAGGUUCUAACAAGCCUAAAUUAAUGUUCAACAACAAAGUCGUACCCAUGGUGUCGGACAGCGCCUGUGAUUUACCCGACAAAGAAGAGCGGAGACACUCUAGAAUGUCCUCGUUCGACAACAAGAGCGAUAGUCACGAUGAAAUAGAACGUGAACUUGCGCCGAGUAAUAGUAACACCCGAAGAAACACAUUAACAGAGAAGACAGGAAGCAGAAACGAGCUGGUAGGUACUGCACAAGUUUUACUUAGUUAAUAAUUUAAGAUUAAUAGGACUCGAUGGAUUCGCCGCUAAAUUUUUAUCAAAAAAAAAGUCCGUUUGAAGGUAAUGUGUUAACACAUGUUAUUCUUAACCUAAGGCUACUGUAAGGUCUCAAAGUUCUGGCUUGGAUUUUCCUAUCUGCUUUGAGUUAUUGCUAAGGGAAACACGCCUAUUGAAUUUGAAAAAGCCACAGUUUUUUUAAGUCGAUUAGGAUUAACUAAUGGAGUUCUAAAGACAAGCUUUAAUGACUUGCAUGUGUUUUUUGCUCCGAAUACGACGAAGAUCUGUUGUUAUUAAAAAGGAGAAGUUUGAACUUGUUUCUUUGCGCGUUAUGACAUUCUUAAAAUUAAAAAAUAUGUAUAAUGUAUUCUUUUAAUUUUCGAAUGAACUGGAAGCUUUUUGAUAUUGCCCAUGCAUGUCAAAAAUAAGCUUUACGAGAAUUUUAUACUCAACUAAGGUUGGGACAACACUCACAAUCUAACAGAAAAUGUAGUAAUUUUUUUCUUUUUGUGAAAUCUCACAUCUAGUGUUGUGGUAAAAUAUUAUUUUAUGCCGAUAAGUGUGGUUCCAUCGAAAACAAAGACGCUGCAGAAUUAAACAUAAGCAUGUCAGUUUUUCAAUAGGAGCACCUGCAAGCCAGUGUAUUUAAGUCAGAAAUGCUUAGAAAUUACAAUAAGCUGAUCUCGCAUCAAUAUUCAGUGCGUCGCUUAAGUUCUCUACUAAAUAAUUCUUGAUAACAAUAGUCCACCUUUUCCCAUAAUCUUGAAGUUUAUUUAUUGUUAUUUUUUAAUGAUGGUUUUCGCUGUAUCUGCGAAACUGCCGUUGCAUUGGUUGGAGAAAAACGAAGAACUUGCGCUGGCCGAAGCGAAAACUUGUAUGCUAAAUACGUAGGUCAUCUUUUUUUUAAGGAACUGAUAAUCGCAUACUGGGCUUUUGAGUUGGACAGCCCGUAAAUUUUAAAAUAAUUACGCUGAACGUUACAUGUAUUUCAUGGAAAAGUUAAAUGGCCGUCAUUUGUUUAAUGCGCGUGUAUGUUAGAGGCCAAGGACUGGUCUGAUAUAGAGUUUCACAUUUGCGACUCGGUCACGUAUAUUUUUAGAGAUUUUCCCGAGUGGUUAUUUUAAUUUAUGACGUUUUCUUUUCUCAGCUGUUGUCUUGAUGGUCUUCACGCAUGCACAAUAAUAACCUGCGACCAGCAAUACAUCCAAUCUCGUUUCAAGGGCCGCGAUCAUUUUGGUCAGCGACGAGGAUCACUGACCAAAAGAUCACAGCCUCUGGGAACGAGAUUGCAGUACAGAAAAUCCCUAAAUAACAAUGACUGAGGUUAUGUGCCCCGAGACUGAGCAGCCCCCAAACCCUUGUUUUCACUAAAACCGCUAAACUACAUUACAUCAGGGGUAAACCUGCGUUCUGCGCAUGACUGGCCUGGUGAGACCUAGUAUUAAGAUGGGGUUUGGCGUUUGCGAAAAAUUUGAAAAUUUUGUCAUCGCCAUUUUUUCGUUUUUGCAACCUUGUUCGCAUCUGAGAGGCGCGAAAUUUUUUGUUGAUGUUUUUGACAAAACACACUCAGAGUGGGGUGAAAUAUUAUCUGCUCUAUCCAUAGGCUUUAACAGCGACGACAAGUGCGUUUUUAAAAUUGAAUUAAAAGAAGUAAAUCUUUGGUGCCCGUUUUUCCAAAGUGUGUCAAUCGGGCCCGAAAACCAAUACAAUAGAACCGACUUAGUCAACGAAACAAGAUAUUUUGCUUAGAAGGCUUCAACCCGCACUACCGAGAGGUUAAUUAGACUUAUCGUAAAAUUGUUCCCCAAUCUGUUCAAAUGCAGCAAUUUCUUAGGGGUCAAUUUCUCGAAAGGCCUGGUACAUUUUCGGGCCCGAAGGUAAAUUUAAGUCAAAACCUGUUGAAUGUUUCUAACCAUAAUUUUUUGCUCCAUGGGUUAUAGGUGGUUCAAGUACAAAUCACCCCUCUUCCAACACCUCGCGCUUCACCAGCGACCUCCCCUGUUCCAACAGAACACGAACAUUUAAAUCCAAGGGAAGAACCUUCACUGGAGGUUGAAGAACAAAAACUACCUUUCAAUAGCAGCUUUGAACCAACAAAUGAAGAACACACUCUGCAAAAUGAACUUCCACCCGUUGAAGUGAUCGACAAGGGCGCUGUGACUUUAAAUGGUUUUUGCCGGUCAUUCUAA